CUUUCAAGCCUUCUAUUAAAAUUAAAAACUGGACUGAUCUCAUCAAUUUGAAAAUAUGUAGACAAUGCUCGAUUUUCGAGUCGUAUAAAAAGCUUGUACAAACCAGAAAGAAUCACCGCAACAUCAAACAAAUAUCGUUCUAGCUCAACUAUCUAUCAAGUAUCUAAUGAUAUUGUACUACGGCUCAGUCGUCUUGCUGAUCCUAGCCAUAAUUGCGUACAACUUUAAGACAUCAUUAUUGGCCUACAUCCAAAACACACCAGUUCAAAAUUUAGAAAAUAGACGUACCGGCUUGGCACUCAAGGAAUGCGUAAACGACAAUGACAGCCUAGCAAAACUAUGGCGGGAGUCUAACGGGACUGCUGUUAUCUUUGCUUCAAUCGAUGUACAUACUUGGGAUGUAGAUCAAAGGAGGAUUACUGAUAUAAGAGUUUCGACUUGGUGUCCUAGUACUAAUCACGAAUCCGAUAUAGACAGUUACCAUUGGCAAAUCGAAGACAACAUGGCCCUCAAGAACCGAAACACAGUAAAUAAUCCCAAUAUAUUUGCUUUUCGCGCCACUGAGGUGAUUAGGCAAACACAGAUAUCGCCGACUAUGGAUAGUGUUUUCAAGCCACUAACUACUCGAUUUACGAAAACCAUUAUCGUUGGACAUAAUAUUUACCGCACUGUCGCAUUGCUUGAAAAUCAUUGGAAGCCUCCGGCUGCUGCAGAGUUUCUUGAUACCCAGAGGAUAUGGCAGUUCCAGCAUCGGCGACUGGACGCUGUCACGCUUGAAAAGGCCCUCCAAACGUCCCCCGAAGCUAGUUAUGAUAAAGCUCUAUUUAACAAUGCUGGGAAUGACGCACAGUUCAUACUCCGCCUGCUUCAAGCACAAAGUUGUUUUCCUCGAUGACCCGGUAAAUUGAAUGAAUUGAUGUCGAAAAUUUGGUAUUAGCUAUAUAA